UCCGAAUCUGUUUACUUUUUAGUCUCUCGACUAAUCUUCUUAUUCCUAAAUAAAAUAAAUUAUUGCACAUUCUAAUUUAAAUACGAUUUUUAGUAGCCUAAGAAUUCAGUUAUUCCAUUCAAAAUAGCCGCUCAUAUUCUUCCAUUUUUAGAACGUAACCUCAAAAUUCAAUCAUUCCGUCAAUAGUCAAACGAUGUAAACCAUGAUGUAAACAGAUCAUCACUUCUUAUUUUUGCUUUAGAUAUUCUACUUUAAUAAAUUUUCAAUUAAGCAACAAAGUAUUCGUUAGUUUAGUGUGAAUUCGGUAUGCGCGUCGUCAGAAUUAAUACCAAAAAUGUAGUUUACAUAAUUCUAGCAGUUCUAUCAACCUCUGUGAAAGAAGCACAUAUGGGACAUGAAAGUAUAUUAUCAACUUAUGCUACACGGGACGCAAAUAUAAAUUCUACACCUGCAUAUAGCAUUAAAAAGGAAGAAUCUGUGAAUUCGUGUCCUACCGGAACAUCGUGUUCAGAAUUAGGUGGAGAAUGUCUAAAAUGCGAAUUAAAUUUAAAUUGUGUUUAUGGUGUUUCUUACAAAGUCAACUGUACUGUGUUAGACCAGGUUGAUUGCAUAGGUGAUCAGUCCUUCGAAAAAACGUUCAUUUGUCGAUAUUGUUAUCAGACAGAACACUGGGAACAUCAGUGCCAUCAAAAAAAUGCAUGCAGUUCCGUUGCCUCGCCACCACAAUACUAUCGGACAAAUUGUACAGUUAAUAGUGACGUGAUAUGUUUGGGCCGGAGAAAUUUUUUAAAAAACCUACCAUGCAAUUGGACAGGUGGAUAUCGAUGGUCCACUGCUCUCAUCCUGAGUGUAACCCUUGGAGGUUUUGGAGCUGACAGGUUUUACUUAGGUCAUUGGCAAGAAGGAAUUGGGAAGUUGUUUAGUUUUGGUGGAUUGGGUGUUUGGACCUUAAUUGACGUAAUGCUCAUAUCUAUGAGGUACCUAGGACCAGCAGACGGAUCCUUGUAUAUUUGAAGUGAUUUGAAGAAAUAUCAUGUUAUUUAAAAAAAUGUAAACUGCGCCUAAACCAAAAGCGAAAAAAAAACUUAUUUAAUAUAGAUAGGUUUAAGAACUUGAAUGAACUCCUGUUUAUUUUCUCUGAACAGUUUUCGUUAUGUAGUAUUUAAGAAAUAAACACAUAUGACAUAA